GAGAGAAUAAACAACGUGAUCUAUAUCUCUCAUGAGUCAAAUGUGAAUUUCAUUCGCACAAAGUAGCAUCGGCGAUCGGGGAAAAGAUGCAUCAUGUCGACCAGUUCUUUCGGAAGUCGUGCUAUAGCAAUAUUCGCAUUCUGUUGCUCGCGUGUGGUAUAUGGCCCUUCCAAGCGUUAAGCAAACGUUACGCGUUGUACAUCUGGUUCACGCUGCUCUUUGGAUCCGGAAUUUCGUUCGAGAUGCUGUGUAUGAUCAAAGUUUGGCCAGAUUUUUUCGAGGUAUUUGAUUGCUUGUCGAUGCUAUUUUUCGCCAUAGCGUCAACGAUUAAAUUAAUCUACACGGUGUAUAAAUUACCUAAGAUCAAAAUGCUUCUCAUGGAUAUACAGGAACACUGGUGUUCUCCUAAGUCGAAUCAAGAGGCUAAAAUCUUGCGCUCGUAUGUAUUGUUUGCGCGAAGAUUCGGCUACGUUUAUUCGACUAUUAUACUUGGCCACGCCGUGCUUUUCGCGUUCACACCUUUGAUGACCAGAUUUUCCUACAAUAAGGAGGACACGUCAAAUAAGACGCAGGACGCACAAACAGAAUCGGCUCAUCACAUCAAUUACAUGCUUGAUUUGCAAAUGCAAUACAUUCCUCUUCUCAUACAGGGCGGCCUAUGUGAAUUCUUUUAUACGUUGAUAUUGACUUCGUUCAAUAUCCUAUAUUUAACGUGUGUUCAGCAUUGUUGCGGUUUGUUUGAAGCUCUGAAAUACCAUUUGGAAAACGCAUUUAAACUUGAAAAUAAUGACGACGACAUAAUGACCAUGCAAAAUAAAUAUUAUUUAAAUAUCGCAUAUAGUGUUCGAAGGCACACAGAGGCAAUACAAUUUGCUACAGCCAUAGAAUCGCUGUAUAGGCUACCAUUUUUUAUGCAGAUGACAGUUAACGUGUCCCUGUUAAGCAUUGUAGGAUUUCAGGUUAUAACAAAUACGGAAAACAUCAAUCGCCUUAUGCCGUACGGAACUUAUCUGAGCGGGCUUCUGCUUAACACGUUCUUUGAAAACUGGCAAGGUCAGAAUAUCAUAGACUGCAACGAAAAGGUGUAUGACUCCGCGUACAAAAUAAAAUGGUACAAGAUGCCGAUAAUGUCGCAAAAACUUCUAAUAAUGAUCAUGAUGAGAAGUAGAAAACCACUGACAAUAACUGCGGGGAAAGUUCUUGUUCUGUCCUAUGUGACUUAUAACAUGGCAAUGCGUACAGGCUUCUCGUACUUAAUGCUUCUACGGUCCAUGCAAUAAAAACUUGAAUGUAAUAGGAGCAAUUUCAGAGAUAUGUAAU